UCUCGCAUGUCCAGCGAAUCAAGUUCGAAUGUAACAAACUGGCGAUUCAACAGUUUUCUCCGUCGAGCGCAUCCAUUGACAUAAUCGGUUCACUAGAAAAUGACACCGUUCUCGCGGAGAUAUGUUUUCUUUUAUUUAAUCGUCAAUUCUCAACCUCGAUGUAAAUGACGUAAACCUCGUGAGCGAAUUUAUCGUACGGGUUGCACGAUCGCACGAUUGUAGACGGCAUCGCGAGUUGCAUCGAUGUUUUAUACGGAUAUAUAUAUGUGGUACUUAUUAAAUAGCUGUGAUAUCUUACUCGUAAUACGCGUCAUCUGCUACGUUCUCGAUUAUCCGACGAUCUCUCUCGAAAGUUGUCGAAAGUGAAGUUAUGGCCGUGUUGCAAGAAAACUCGUGUUAAUUCGCAUCAACAAUGGUAGCUGCUGGAGCCACGAUUUUGAUGGCAGCAAGUGAGGAGAACUCGUCGAAUGAAGCGGGAAGUGGUACUACAACGAGCUCGGUAAACCAAAGCACUUAUCCACGAUCUCGCGAGAUCCAGCACUGUGGUCAGAGGAACAAUGAAUCAUCCCCUAAAGGAGAUGUAGCAACCUGUUCCUCGAAUAUCGUAGAAAAAAAGCAGCGUAGUCUUACAGCAGAGAAGAAUGAUACAGUGAUAUCCAAGAUAGAGUCGAAGGAAAGCUCCAAGAAUUCAGCAGCUUACAAAACUACUCCGAUUCGUGAAACCAGAACUUCUAGAUUACGAGCUGCUUCUAUAGUAUUACCCAAUGAUGUAACAUUAUCAUCCAAAAAGUUGCUUGGAUCGGAAGCUCUUGGCUCUCAGAGGCAUAGCUCAUCAGUUAAGGAGAAAAGCAGCCCACCUUUGAACAGCAGUGUCGUUAUGAAUUCUGUCAAAGAGAGAGAUAAAAGCUACAAGCGCAAAUCUUACUUAAACAGAUCGCGUCAUGCCGAAGCAGCAACUGUUGAUCAUUUAAAUGAAACCGAAUCCAACGAGAGACGCUCCAGAAGGCAAUUUUACAAACGAGGUCAGAUGUCCGAGAUAGUAUCGAGUCCUGUCGACGCUUGUGGUAAUCGUCAAGCACUCAGUCUACGUAGGAGAUGUACCGACUCGAAAGUGAUUGGGACUCAAGCUGGCAUCACGAAGAGUCCCUCUAAAACUAUCCCAUCUUCCAUUGUGUCUGUCAGGAGUACAAAGCGGUCAAAUUUACAACAACCUAGCGGUAGUAUAGGAGAUUCAGAGGUAUCACGCAGAGUGGACGUGUUAACGGCGCUAACGCAAGCGACUAUGGAACGUGUGGAGAGGCUCGCAUCCGCAACGACGAAUCACUCGAAUGACAACGUGCAAUUCGUCGCCGAAAAAGUGUCAAUGUCGCCAAAAAAGUGCGUCGGCUCGAGGCACGCACCAGUUUCGAUCCUCAAGCACAAAGCGCUCGACGGCGAGGGAAACGAUCGACAAGCGUCGUCCGGCGGUUCUUCUCACGUACCGUCACCCGUCACAUUUUCACCAUCCGUUACGGAACCUGUUUCCCAUAAGAGGCACGGUAUCCUGAAGAAACGAAGCAGUCUAGACGAAAGCGAGAUACUACGUCGUCGUAGUUGUUCUCCCGACGUCUCGUUCGCCGAUUGUAAUAUCUAUUCGGAAUUCCGGCCGAUCUUGAAGAAUCAAAGACGAUCAUCGCUGGACGAGAUCGUCAAGAGGGAUCAGAGUCCUGAUCAACCCGCCUCGAUACUGAAACGCAAAUCGUCCAGGGAGGACGACCGGGAGGUACACCGGUCGUCACUGGAAUCGCCGGAGCCACAGGGUAUCUUGAAACGCAAACUCGCGAGCAACGUGCGCGUCAACAGCAUCAGUCAUCACGUGACGAUCGCAUCUGACGUGACGAGCGCAACUGCGGCCGGGAGUGCAAUCGUGGGCACAAGUGCAAAUCUCUCCGAGAGCCUCGAGGGAUCCGAGGUGAAACCGAUAUUGAAGAAAAAGUACGGCAAGGAGGAGCUCGCUGGGAGCGACGUUUUGUCCCUCGAGCCUCGGCCGAUAUUGAAGAAGAAAUCGAGCACGGAAUCGGAAGAGCACGAGCACGACAGGCCCAAAAAGACGAUCUUGAAGUCGUCGCGGAAGAAUUCAUACGAAGACGGUGGUUACGAGACGGAGUCGACUUCCCCGAGGAAAUUGUCCGCGUUAAAGAAUCGCGCGAUCGAGAUCGAGAAUGUGCGACCUAUCCUGAAGCAGUCCAGCAGUUGUAAUCGUUAUCACGGCGACGCGCGGGACUCGGGGACGGAUUCGUUCUUGCGGAAAAGGGCGCAAUCCGUGGGUCACGCGCGGUCCGCUAACGGCGAUGAUAGCGUAGAGUCGAUCCGAAUGCUGACCAAGCGAAGAUCUCUCGAGUCCAGUUCGCCGAUCGACGUGUCGCGUGCUCCAACCACUCCACGCCGUUCUUUCAUGACCGACCGGUCCAACGAAGUCAGCUAUACGGCAAACGGCUCCAGCGUAAUUAAAGAAAGUAAACUGUCGUGCGAAGGAACUGGUAAAAGCAAGCAAGGUAAUACAGACGACAUGGACGAGAAGAACAUAGCGGAUUCCCAUAUAUAUUUCGUGAAGAUCGGCGCCGACACGGACGAGCGCGAUGCUGCGAACGUUCUCGCACGGACGACCGAUCAAAGGAAGGCUCUGGAAGAGAAAGGACAACAGGAUACGCAGGACCCUUACGAGGAUCACGCGACUGUUCGUCGCAGCAACAGCGUGUCGAAAAUCACCCAACACUUCAAAGCUCUCCAAGAGAAGGCGAAUGCUUGCGUAGCGGCGGAAAACAAGUCCCGUGCUGCUCCGCAGAGAUCGCGCAGAGAUUGCACGCGUGGCGUGCAACGUUAUCGCGAACGUAAGGCACAAGGCGGCGAGAGGUUCAACACCCAACCGGUGACUUUCCAAGAAGUGCGCCAGGCAGUCUUGCAGAAUCAGCGCAACGCCGCCGGAACGACCGACGACGAUCACGAGCCGUCCAAGCUGAGUUUGGCCGAACGCGUGCAACUUUUCAACCAAAAGAGCGCAACCGCGGAAACCGGCGCAGCGACAGACACUUCCUGUCGGGAAAAACUUACCCAGAGGAGACGAUCGUUUACCCGCUACAAAACUCAGCCUGUGACGUCCGAGGAGGUCGAAGUGGCAUCCCGGAUAUCACCGUUGAAUGUGAUGAAUCAGAUACAAACGUUGCUUGGAGAUUCAAAGGAAUGCCAGAAAACGUCGUACUCGUCGCUCGCAACGACGACGCCUCAGCAUGAUUUACCGAAAAGUAUUCUAAAGUCGUCUGCCAGUUAUACGCCAAACAUACCGCGUGCCAAAAGUCCGGAGUUGCGAGGUAUCAAGUUGAUAAAGUCCGUGCUUAAGAGAGAAUCCGAGGAGUCGGAACAAUCGACGGUCUCGCAAUCGGCCAGCCUCGAGGUCUACCCGCGUUCCAUUUUAAAGAGUAAUCCCCCCUUGCGAUCCAUGCAGACUACGAGUGUCACUGACGCGGCGACAUCGCGAAACGAGAUGAGCGUUCGUGGCACCGAGGGCCAAACUUUCAACAGCGAAACUGUUAUACUACGCGAGAAACUAGACAGUUCUGAUGCAAUCACUGAUAGCAUGAGGCAUAGUUCGCAAAGCCUCUGUAACAUUGAGCAAACAAUCACCUGCAAAGAAGGUGGUACCAUCGCAAACGGAGCUGCAGUGCCUUUACACAAGACUACGAUACCUCGGAAUGAGGAAAUUUUCUUAUCGGAUAAUGUAGAUAAUUGCAGAAUUGAUACAAUUUUGAGUAGCGUAUUGAGAGGACGCGGUGACAAAUGCUGCGAUGACUCUUUGGCGGAUAAACCAAAGCGCAUGCUGGACAACGAUAACAACGACAAUGACAGUGAGAAGAAAGACAACAAAAAGCAGGACAAAGAAGAGGAAGAGAAGAGGAAAGAAGAGUGGAAGGAAGAAGGGGAUGUGGAGAUAGUGCAGAAGGAUGAAGAUGAUAACGACAACGACGAUGAUGAUGACGACGACGACCGUGCGUCGUCGUCUUCCGGUGGUCAGGAGGUACAUGACAUCAUUGCGAGCGAGAAGCACGCUGGCGUUACCUGGUGCUCCACCAGUUCGCUAGCCAAGAGUGUCAGCCAGCAUUCUCUCGGCGACGAGAAGCGAAGGCAGCAACGUGGUGUGCCACUGCCGGGACUGUGUCGCAGCACGACGCAGGUGAUAGAGUCGAUAGAGACGAGCGAGACGCCAAGCGUGAGUAUCGCCGAUCGUCUGGCCGCGCUUCGACACAACGGUAGCACGAACUGGAAGCGACGCGUAGCCGGAGGGAAGAGUGACGAAUCGUGCGGCGAUUCGCCGCUCAGCCCGGAAGAAAGCAUGACGAUUAAGUCGGGCGUGUUGGCCAAUUGUAUGGAGAAACUCGAAUCCGCCGCGGACAACUGGAAGAAUCGGAUUGUCACGCCCGACGCGAUGAACUUCACCGUUGCCGGUAAAAUGAAGGUGACUCGAUCGAAAGGCCCCAGCUCACCGCUCGUCGCGGAAUACUCCACGACGAGUACGCCGAACCAGAAGAAGAAGAUACCGCGGUGGUUCAAAACGAAGAAAGAUAAAGGGUGCAAUAACGGCGCUGUGUCAACACCCACGAGCCCGUGCAAAGAUUUGUCUCCUGCCACGCGCACUAGCUUCUCCGAACCUGUGAGCGAUGAUAGUGAUGAAGAAUGUAAAACGGAGCAGCAUGUCUUAUCGCCGACCGUUUCAGUACCUAAAACGGAUGACGAAACGUUCACCUCUUUCUUCAGUGGUGUUUCGCUGGAGAAGUGCGAAAACGAGUGUCUUAAUCUACAUGAAAGCGACUUCGAUAUAAUCGCACCGCAGUCCGAAUUAUUAGUGUAUAAGCGGAAUAUACGAAUGCAACGUCGACGCGCCGCCUCGAAGAAUCCUCUCAAAGUUCUCGCGGCACGUACUGAUUUGAGAUCGGAAUACACCGAGAUUCGCACAGACAUAGCUACGAGAUCGGUCGCGAUCAUGAACGUAGAGAAACACAUCGCCAAGAGCUCGUCUUUCGCCAUCGAAGCUCUUGCCGGUUUGGCCUCCACCGAAGAUUUCAGCGCGGUGACUCUGAGGAAUGUAUCGGAAACCAGCGUGUCCACGAAUAAAUUGCAACCGUACAAGGAUGUGAUGCUGAUACUGGUUAAAGGAAGACGGCACGUUCAAGCGAGACUGAUCGAACCGGUUGCUGACAGUAUCAACAGCGGUGACAAUUACAUACUUGUGACGAAAUCCGAGGUUUUUAACUACGUAGGGAAAUACAGCAACGUCAUUGAGAAAACUCGCGCCGCUGAGAUCGCGUCGCGUAUUCAACAACACAAGGAUCUCGGUUGCCAAGCGGUCCAAGUUAUCACCAUAAGCGAAGACAAGCCAACCUGUACGAAAGGUCAGGUCCACAAAUUUUGGAAGUAUCUCGGUGUGCCCGACAGCGAGAAACUAAAUGUUAUCGAGGCUGGCCAUCCUGAUGAAGACGAGUUGUACGAGUCCGCUGUUAUCGAAACAAACAUGGUGUACGAGUUGAAAGAUAAUCAGUUGGUGCCGUAUGAAAAGUUCUGGGGUACGCUUCCCAAGAUCGAGAUGCUCAAUAAGAAUAAGAUUCUGGUGUUCGAUUUCGGCACGGAGAUGUACAUCUGGAGCGGCAAUGGAGUCUUGCCCGACAAGAAAAAGAUCGCUACGCGACUCGCUAUGGAAAUGUGGAACGACGGAUACGAUUACACAGAGUGCACCGUUUGUCCGAUCAACGCGGCCCGUAUGAUCGGUGGACGAAGCGGCGGUGAUAUGCAUGCGAAUCCAUCCGCGAAGUCCGCCAAGAACAGACCAGAGUGGUGUCUACUUGCCAAAUUGACGCAACACGUUGAAACGAUACUAUUCCGGGAAAAGUUUCUCGACUGGCCUAACGUUAGCAGUGUGAUAAAGACGCGAGGCCGAAAGGAUGACGCGCGGGGAAUCGACGGUACCGUAACUGUACGCCUGGACGAUAACGAUGACAUGUGGAUGCCAAAUGCUGCUCCAGUCGAUCUGGUUCUAGAAGGCUGCCACUUGGGUAGAGGCACCGGUUGCUACGACAAUGAGUUGAAGAAAGAAUAUGUCGUCGAUACGACGAGCGUGAUGGUGUGGCACAUCGAUGAAUUCUCGCACACGCUUUUGCACGGAUCGUCCAUCGGCCAAUUUUAUUCUGGUGAUAGCUAUAUCGUUCAUUGGACAUAUUCCGUUACGAUUACUGGCAGAGAACUCAGCGGUCUGCCGUCUAAACAUUCGGCAAAAGGCCGCGAUAGAUCCGUGUAUUUCAUUUGGCAGGGUCGAAACGCAUCCUCGAACGAACGAGGUGCCGCGGCACUGUUGGCGAUUGACUUAGAUAGCAAUCGAGGGCCUCAGGUUCGUGUUGUCCAAGGAAACGAACCGGCUGCAUUUUUAAACUUGUUUUCUGGAGGGAUGGUGGUACACAGCGGUAAGAAAUCUGAGAAAAACCAUGAGAAACAGUGGAGAUUAUACAUUUGCCGGGGCACUUUAGAAUCUGAGACAUUUUUGACUGAAAUCCCUUGCAGCACUCGACAAUUAAGAAGUAGAAGUUCUUUCGUAUUGCUAGGCACUGAAAGUGCAAAAGUGUACGUCUGGCAUGGAAACAAUUCACUGCCCCAUAUCAGAGAGAAUGCGAUAAAAGCUGCAAAUAAAUUGAAAGAAAAUCGUCCUGAAGAAGCUGGAUUACUGAACAAUGAUAAUGUACAGAUAUGCGAAGUUCAAGAGGGUCUGGAAUCUGAAGAAUUCAGUAACGCAUUAGGAGGUGUAAACACAAAGUUGUACUGGUCAUUGGAGACUACUAAUAUACGGAAUCAUACUCCAAGACUUUAUCAUUUAUCGAGCAUUUCUAAAAAGUUUGGUGCGACGGAAAUACUUUGUCCGCAUCACGCGGAUCUCGCGACACCGUUCCCUUGCUCGCAGGACGAUUUAUAUCAAGCGAAUCAACCAGCCUUAUUUUUAUUGGACGACAAGAACGAGAUUUGGAUUUGGCAAGGAUGGUGGCCCGACAGUGAAAUGGAGGAUCAGUCCGGAAGCAAAACUGUCAGAUGGCAGGCUGAGAGAAGGGCGGCGAUGACGAUAGCGAUACGAUAUUGGCGAAAGACUCGAAGCGCACAGACGACGAAUCUUCCGAUCUAUCUAGUAUGGGCUGGUUUAGAGCCAUUGCGUUUUAUAAAUCUCUUCCCUGAAUGGACGUAUCGAGACGAUGUCGCCGAGUUAAAUAUAGAGGAUGGCCGGAAUCCAGGAGAAGUAUUAACUGCGGAAGAUGAAUUGGCUCGCUUGACGCAGAGCACGUAUCCACCCGCACAGUUGUUGCAAAGACCUCUACCCGACGGAGUCGAUCCAACGCGUUUGGAGUUGUAUUUAUCCCAGCAACACUUUCAAGAGCUGCUGGGAAUGAGCAAGGAAGAAUUUCAACAGCUUCCAUUCUGGAAGCAAGUGAAUCUCAAGAAAGAAAUGGGACUGUUCUGAUGGGUCGCCUCUGCUGUCGACAUUGCGAUUAAUAACAACUGUCCCUGCAAAAGGUUCGACUCUUCGUUAAUCAUUUCACGACGCCUGCGACUUGAAAACUGGAGAAAGUCUCAGCUGCUGAGCUACUUGUCAAAACUUGUACAUGAAGAACGACCUCGUUCGAGAACCAGCGAAUGCGUUAUCAAUGAUGUAGCGUAACUAAUCGAAGAAUUAAUUAAGGGGAUCCUGGAGUCGUUUGUAUUACCGGCGGAAUCGGUGAUUUUCCUGCAUUUUUCCGGCAUUUUUCAAGAAAAGG